UUUCCUUUACGGUGAAGAGCGGUUUGAUUAAAGGACGGUUCCGUAAUAUUGGACUAUUAAGAGGUUAGUACCUAGUCGUAGUGGGUCAUAAGUGUUUUUGGGAUUUCAUCUCUUGCUCGAAGCAGAGAGGGAUUGUGUCCAAGUGAGGUAAACGAGGACGAAGAGGAGGAAAAAUGUCCGUGAAGAGCAGGGGAGGAAUUGUUGAAAUGAGCAUGAGAAAUGUCAUACCUAGGAGAUGGGCUCUUUUUCUUUGUAUCGGAAGCUUCUGUGCCGGAAUGUUCUUCACUAAUUGGAUGUGGUCAAUGCCUGAAUAUCAAGAAAUUGCAAGGACAUCUGAUGAGGUUGAACAAAUGAGAUUAAGCUCUGAGGGUUGUGAUAUGAAUCUUGUUGUAAAGCCUCACUCCAAUUACAGUCAAGUUUAUGCUUCAAACACAGAACGUCUUAUCAAGAACCUGGGUAAGACAAUAUCUACUUUGGAGCUGAAACUGAAACUGCUAGGAUAGCUCCUAAACUUAUGUUGAAUGAUUCUCCUGCAACAGGAAACUCAAACACUAUCGGUUCAUCUCCAAGAAAAAGAUAUUUGAUGGUUAUAGGGAUCAAUACAGCUUUUAGUAGCAGGAAGCGGAGAGAUUCUGUUCGUGAAACGUGGAUGCCGCAAGCUGAUAGAAGAAAGAAGAUGGAGGAAGAGAAGGGCAUAAUCAUACGCUUUGUCAUAGGUCACAGUUCCACAUCUGGUGGCAUUCUCGAUAGAGCUAUCGAAGCUGAGGAGAAGCUCCAUGGCGACUUCUUGAGACUGGACCAUGUGGAGGGCUAUCUGGAAUUGUCAGGAAAGACAAAGACUUACUUUUCAACUGCUGUUGCCUUAUGGGAUGCAGAGUUUUAUGUCAAAGUUGAUGAUGAUGUCCACGUGAACUUAGCAACACUUGGAUUGACUCUGGCUAGGCAUCGCAUGAAACCUCGGGUGUAUAUUGGGUGUAUGAAGUCUGGCCCUGUUCUUGCUCAGAAGGGAGUGAAAUACUAUGAACCAGAAUACUGGAAGUUUGGUGAGGUGGGAAACAAGUACUUUCGUCAUGCUACGGGACAGUUAUAUGCCAUUUCGAAUGAUUUGGCCUCUUAUAUAUCAAAAAAUCAAGAUGUGCUGCAUAAAUUUGCUAAUGAAGACGUUUCAUUGGGAUCUUGGUUUAUCGGUUUAGACGUGGAUCAUAUUGAUGAUAGGAGACUGUGCUGUGGCACACCCCCUGAUUGCGAGUGGAAGGCUCAGGCAGGAAACAUAUGUGUUGCUUCAUUUGAUUGGAGAUGCAGCGGAAUCUGCAGGUCUGUUGAGAGGAUAGUGGAAGUUCACCGGCGUUGCGGGGAAGACGAAAAUGCUCUAUGGAGUGCAACCUUUUGACAGGAAAAUCGGAAAAACCCCGACUCGUCUUCUAAACUCGAGAAGAAGUGUUGUCAAAAACAUGAAAGAAAGCAUAGCAUGAGUCUUUUUAGCAGUUACUACAGACAGAGAUUCAAAUAGGCCUUGCCGCUUGGGGUCUGAUCUACAUUUUGAAAAAGAAGAAAACCCUUUUGAAUGAUGCAGCCAAAGAGAAAGAAGAAGGAGUUUCGUCGCAACCACAUUCUUUUGUAGAGGCUGGAGAGGGCCUUAUAUUCUGUAGUUCUCUCUGCCAUAGCUAAAGUGCUUCCUAAUAAUUAGUUUUGAUGAUUAUGUUCAUUGUCUUUCUCUUCCCUUUGCUUCAAACUUUAAUAUAACUUGAAUUUGUCUCAUGCUGUCUCUUUGUUCACCCAUAAUCACCAUUUCUUUGUUCACUUUGUGCAAUGGAGAGAGUCUCUGCAAAAAAGAAAGAAAAGUUAACUUUGGGGAGAAAUUGAUGGCAUGGAUUUGUGAUGAUUGCGAUACAGUGGUUGGAGUGGGGGAUGAUAUGAAGCAAAUCCUAGGUGGUUCCAUGAUUGAACAGCAGAUCCACUACCAAAUUACGCGUGUACCCCACAACUCUCUAGGUUUCAAGCAUGAAGCAGAAAAUCAGGCAUCCAAUUUCUGGGGACGCUGAUGUCCACAUUUGAUAUUUAGUCUACCUUUUAGUCUUAACCCUUUUUUCUUUUUUCUUUUUUUUUUUCGGUUGCACAUUUUAGUGGUAAUUUCUUUUCCGGCAAUCUAACCUUUUUGAAGUUCUGCAUAAAGUGUGAUGUAAUCUCAGAUUUAAUAGCCAUUACAUGUUUGAAUUAAGGGAAGAUAUUAUUUUUGAUUCUUACAUUUUGUCCAGUUUUGUUA